GGAUCGAAUACGCUAGGGUAUGGCGCUUGUCGGCGUCCCUAUUGUGUUUUGGUUUGCGCCUGCAAAAGUAACACCACAGCGUUAUACCUUCAGAUUCCACUACUUACAAAGGCGAGUUGAUCGCCGCACAAUCAAACGUUGCCUAGUGAAACAGUUAGCCUGGCCAAUGUCGCAGUCCGACCUUGCUAGUGAAGACUUACCUCCGGCGCCUCUCAUUCCGGGCGCGCCUCCUGAUUUCCUGGCAAAUCAGGCAAACCCUGGCAUGGAAGUACUGCCACUAUAUUAUUGGUCAGUAAACAACAUAUGGAAGAUGAAAGUGAAAUAUUACUCACGCGGUACUCGUUGAUCAUGCCGACCGGCAUGUUUGGGAACAGCGCCUCGAUGGGCGCUUCGACGACAGUUUUUAGAGCCCAAUCGGGCUCUAAAACAUGCUCAUGGCCGCCACAUAGGGCAAGCCAUGCGGGGUAAUGAAACCCAGGUGGAGGCACCUGGGGUUCAUCAUCUGUUGCGUGGGC